AUGGGAGACAGAAUAGAAGAGUAUGACAAUUUUAUACUAUGCCACACGGGACAAACGCCAGGCUUGUAUGAUACGCGGCUGUCAAUUAUACAAGUUUAUGCCCCUACGGAAAAAGCUAUCAAAGACGAGAUUGACAAAUUCUACUAUACACUAAACAAAGCGAUUGAUAAAUCACACAAAGACUUCAUACUCAUGGGUGACUGGAAUGCGAAAAUUGGUAAACCAAGGAAGGAAGAAUAUCUAGUCACGAAACCGAACGGAUAUGGAGAGAGAAAUGAGAGGGGACAGCUAUUGAUGGAAUUUGCUAACAUAGUAAACAAAAUAGUAAACACAUUUUUCAAGAAAAAAGUAAAAAAUAGGUGGACUUGGCACUCUCCUGAUAAAAAAUACAAAAAUGAAAUCGAUCUUGUUUUAUCAAAACGCCCACAGAUAUUUCAAAAUAUUGAAGUUCUGAAUAUAAAAUUCCCCUCAGACCACAGGCCCGUCAGAGCAACGAUAUUAUUUGCACAUACGAAAAGCCGAACAAAGUACAAUAACCAUCAAAAGAAAACAAUAACGAACGAAGACGAUAUCUCUCAAUUCAACAAAUAUCACCAGAAGCCUGCAAGAAAUUCAAAACAAAAACAAAAAACACAUAAAAUACUGUCAGAGCUACAGCUUAUGGAGAGACGAAAGGAACUUCAGAAGACAAAACCCAAAUCAAGAACAAUUAAAAAUGAGAUAUCUGCCCUUUACAAGCUCAUAAGUAAAUAUAUUAGAAAAUACUACUCAAACCACACAUAUAAUACUAUCGAAAAACAUAUAAUUCAAACUGGAGGCACGAAAAAAGCUUACAAAGAGCUGCAAACACAUAAAACAUGGAUAGAAGGUUUGAAACAAGGCAAAAAAACACACAGCAACCGUAAAGACAUAAUCACUGUAGCAACACAAUUUUAUAAAGAAUUAUACAACAUCAGAGAAACAACUAACACAAAUGGAAGAGUUCAUUACCUAAGCCCAAACAUUAGAAAUCCACCUAUACCUCAGAUUGAAAUAAGCGAGGUAAUAGCAGCAACAAAAACUCUUAAAUCAGGGAAAAGCCCAGGAAUUGACGGCAUCACAAAUGAGAUACUAAAAACCGAUUCAGAAACUCUUAUAGUCCACCUGACUGAACUGUUUAACCUCAUUCUUAACACUGGAGAAACACCCACCCAGUGGUCAGAAUCUGACAUUAUCCUUAUCUACAAAAAGGGUGACCCCAAUGAUAUAGUUAACUACAGACCAAUAAGCCUGGUACCUGCCAUCUACAAGCUCUUCUCUUCAAUAGUGAAUAAGAGAAUAUACCCUACAGUAGAAGCGCGUCAACCUGUCAAGCAAGCCGGAUUUAGGAACGAGUACUCAACGAUCGAUCACAUACACACACUGGAACUUCUGACUGCAACAUCUUCUACCCGCAUGUUAUCCAUUCAUAACGCCACACCGGUAUAUAUAAAUUUGUGGGGGCAUUAA